AUGGAAAAAAUAAUGGUGAAAAGUGCAACCAAGGUUGCUUUCAUCUUCUUGGUUACUUUAGCCAUUACCAUUCCAUGCCUUGAGGCUGGCAUUGGUGAGUUUGAUGAUUAUCUCAAAGUUCAAUCCGAGGAAGCCCGACAACGUGCUCUUGAGUCCUACGUCCCAGACCCUGAAGCUGUUACUCAAGAACUUAAUUUUCAUGUUCAUUUGUACGCAGCAAACAGCACACUUAGGAGGGAACUAAGGCAGAAACCUAAAAAUAACAAAGUAUGUGAGGCCACCAACCCCAUUGACACUUGCUGGAGGUGCGACAAAGAUUGGGCCAGUAAUCGUUUUAAGUUAGCUGAAUGCGGCAAAGGGUUCGGAAGAAGGGCCACUGGUGGGCUUGGUGGGCCCAUCUACGUUGUCACUGAUGAAUCCGAUGAUGACAUGGAGAACCCACGACCUGGGACUCUCCGUUAUGGUGUUGUCCUAAAGGGCCCAGUGUGGAUCAUAUUCCAACGUAGCAUGGUCAUUACGUUGAAGCAAGAAUUGAUGGUUUCCUCGGACAAGACCAUUGAUGGUCGUGGGGCCAAUGUUCAAAUUAGAGAUGGCGCUGGCAUCACUUUGCAAUUUGUUAGUAAUGUCAUCAUCCAUGGUAUUCGCAUUAAGAACAUCUUAUCUAAAGAAGGUGGCAUGAUUAAGGACUCUUAUAACCAUAUUGGUCUAAGAACUAGAAGUGAUGGUGAUGCCAUCUCCAUUUUUACGGCUUCCAACCUUUGGAUCGAUCAUGUUUCCCUCUCUAACUGUGCUGAUGGUCUUAUCGAUGUUAUCCAGGGUUCCACUGCCAUCACCAUCUCAAAUUGCCAUAUGACCAAACAUAACGAUGUGAUGCUUUUUGGAGCUAAUGAUCAACACAGUGAAGAUAAGAUCAUGCAGAUAACAGUGGCAUUCAACCACUUUGGCCAGGGAUUGAUUCAGAGGAUGCCUAGAUGCAGAUUUGGUUUUGUGCAUGUUUUGAACAAUGAUUACACUCACUGGAUGAUGUAUGCAAUUGGUGGUAGCUCAGGACCUACCAUUCUGAGCCAAGGCAAUCGCUUCAUUGCUCCUAACAAUGAUGCUGCCAAAGAGAUCACACAUAGAGACUAUGCAUCACCAGAAGUGUGGAAGAAUUGGCAGUGGCAAUCAGAAAUGGACUUGUUCAUGAAUGGUGCCAAGUUCACUACUUCAGGAGCACCCAUUAAGAUUUCAUACAACAAAGGUCUCAUCAUGAAACCAAGAGAUGGUGCUCAUGUCAGCAGGCUAACAAGACAUGCUGGUGCCCUCAGUUGUGUUGUUGGCAGGCCUUGUUAG